GGAAGCCUUUUCCAGGGUCACACUGGGGACCUACCUUUCCCAGUGGCUGGCCAAACAAUGACUACCAGACAUAGGUCUGUGCCCUGAGUCACUUUUAUGCUUGAUUUUAUCAGUUUGCUUUGUACUGGUUUUAUCAGCAAGCUGAACAAGGAACCAAGGCUUCUGAAGAGGGGCUAACAAAAGCUCUAAUUAAUUAUUGAUUGACCCCAAACUUCACAAGUGCCUUGGAAGAAAGGCUCUGUUUGUGUGUGCUGGAGUGUGCUCACAUGCGUAUGUGCAAAUAAUAAUUAUGAGUAUCAAUUCCCCCAACUUACUUGAAGAUAUUGGAUUGGAUUGACAUCCUGUUAAUUCAAAGUUCUGAUACCUACUAAAAGCAAAAGAUAUUGAAAGUAAAUGAAUAACUAUGGCUCUGAAGAGGAGGAAAGUACAUUUGCCAUCUAGAAAAAAACCCUUUGGUUAGGUGAGAAAACUCAUCAUGCUUUCUGGAGAGUUAAUUGUUUAGCAACAAGGAAGAAAAAGACCCAAGGAUUUCAUGGGAAAAAAUGCUCCAGAGCAUGAAAAAGUUGGCCUGGUUAGUGUAAUGGUGUUUUAGGAGUUGAUUAGCUUUCGGUUCAAACAUAAUUUUCUUCAGAUUGGCUCAUCCCCAUCCCACUCCCCCAGCUGUGGAGCCAGGCUUCUUUGUCAAUAUUUGUGAUAGCUUAAUCAUCAACACAUGCAUUCCCAGAGCUUUCUUCAGUGUUCAUCCAAAUAGCAGUUUGUCCUUUCUAAUCAGGUGAUCAUCUACAAACCAAAAUAUUCUACCCGCUUUGGCUGUACAAUGGCUAGGGCUUCCUCAAGUGCAGCCCUGCUUUUAUUAAUCUGCUUCUUCAACAGCAACCUAUCAUAUUCUUUAUCAGUGUUUAUGAAAAACAGUGAGGCAAGCCAGGUUCUGAGAAUUCGUAAACGUGCCAACCAAUUCUUGGAGGAGAUUCGCCCAGGAGAUCUGGAAAGAGAAUGCAAUGAAGAAAAAUGUUCAUUUGAGGAGGCAAGAGAGAUUUUCAAAUCACAGGAGAAAACGACAGAAUUUUGGUUUGCAUAUGGAGAUUCAAACCCAUGUAAAAACAAUAUCUGUAAGAAUGGUGGGAUUUGCAACGUUAAACAUCAUAAGUAUUCCUGUAGUUGUCCUCCAAAGUUUGGAGGAAACCAGUGUGAAAUAGAGAAGUCUGAGUGCUGGUACAAGAACGGCGGCUGCUCACAAUAUUGCCAAGAUACCAGGCAGGGGCUUUAUGUGACUUGCUCCUGUGCUCUGGGAUAUGCAUUAAGUGAUGACGGGAAGAGCUGCACACCAUCAGUUCGUUUUCCCUGUGGGUUGCUUAAGAAAUCCUUACGCUCUUAUCAGGGACGUUCAGCCGAAGGCAACCAAACGGAUGCUUCAGAUGUGGCUCUACUGAACGAAACAAUGGGUCAAGAGAAUGUGUCCAGUUGGAACCAGAGCUUUCAUCCAGCUGCCUGGGCAGGGCUGAAUCAGACAGUGCUACAGGGAGCGAUUGAGCAAGAAAUCCUUGAAGAGCAGGGAAACUUCUCAGAAUGGGAUGUCCCCCACUUGCCAUCCUUCAACUCCUCUGAUGAAAAAGGCAAGAUAGUAGGUGGCUCUUUCUGCCGCCCAGGAAGCUGUCCUUGGCAGGUGUUGCUCCAAACAAACAGAGAAUAUGGAUUUUGUGGGGGCAGCUUAAUCAGCAGUCGGUGGGUCCUCACUGCAGCACACUGCCUUGAUACUGUCAACCCAUAUCAAGUUACUGUCGGAGACUUCGACAAAUAUAAGAGAGAACGAGAUGAACAAAAAGUGAGGGUGCAACAAUACUGGAGGCAUCCUCAGUAUGACUCAAGUAACUACAACAACGACAUUGCUUUGAUCCAGCUGACCAGCGAUGUGGCUUUCACCACUCAUGUGCUCCCGAUCUGCCUUCCCAGCCCCGACCUAGCUACUCUCCUGAUGGAAGGGAAGGAACCUGGAAUGGUUAGUGGAUGGGGGUCCACCCACUCCAAAGGGAGCUUAUCUCGCUUCCUCCUGAACGUCCGGUUACCAAUUGUGAGCAUGGACACUUGCAGGCAAUCGACAGAGAAGCUCAUUACUGGCAACAUGUUCUGUGCAGGCUAUGCAGAGGAGGCUCAGGAUUCUUGUAAGGGGGACAGUGGGGGUCCUUUUGCAGUACCUUAUCAGGGCACUUGGUAUCUCCUGGGGAUUGUCAGCUGGGGGGAAGGCUGUGCUGAAUCAGGAAAAUACGGGGCCUACACACGAGUGGCCAACUACAUCUCAUGGAUCAAAGAAGUUACUGAAAGUGCAACAGAUGAAAGUGGAUUUUUGCAUACCCUACAAUGAACAUCAUUCUGCAAGAGACAUUGUUUUUUGCACAUUGGAUUACUGAUAUGCAUAUACUUGGCUGCAUAGAUAUUACCUCACAGUCGCUCCCUUGGGCCAAAAUAAUGACAUGAGAAAAGGAUUUAUUCACACACCUACUACUGAGAAAGACAUGAGCUAGUUGCAGCUUGGAAUACCUUUUCUUAACUAAGCAAAUUCAGAAUAUCGGCUGCAUAUUUGGUUAGUUCUCCGUCCUGUAGAAGCCCCUGUCAUCAGCAUGCAUCUUGUUAACACUGGGCCAUGUCUAGAUUUAGUCAUCUUUUAGACCUGCUGAAAUAAUGGUUAAGUGUGGAUUCAAUUUCAUUGCCUGCCACACUCUGAGGCAGCAGUUAGGAUAUAGAAUGGGGUCUGAAGCAGCCACUUUUACUAACGUACUGCCUGUGUACAUUGUAUUUCAUAUUUCUUCCACUAAAAACUAAGGAACAAACAACUUGUUAAAUAUGUCAUGUCUGCAUCCCCCCCCAUUGCAACUGGACAAUCUUAACUUUUUUCUUAACCAUUAUACAAUGCUGGGCCUUGUUUUUAAACACAGGAAUUGUAGGCAAUUUUUAUCUUUCAUGCAGAGUGGCAUGCAAGAUUUGGUCUUUCAGCCUAAGUAUUCUGUAUAGUAUGGGCUUCAGGUUAAUUUGAUAAUUCAUAGCAUUAUUUUUCAAAGCUCUAGCAUGAAAGAUUAUCAACACUUUCAAUAUUCAAUGAACAAGCAAUAUUCAUGCUACAUAUUAAUAAAUGUAAAAAUGAUACUCAGAAGUUCAAUAGGAGUCCCAAGGAGUAUUUGGUCCAGGAUGGCCACCUGAAAGGCUGAUCACUUAGGGGACACCUGUAGUUUCACUCAAGACUAUUAUGCAGUCAUCCUGCCUCAUUCAUUGACUUCUCAUAGAGGAUGCAGACAUCUUUUAAUGCAAUAUUUUUGUGUUCUCCCAUUUUGCACCUUUUUCAUACUACAGAAAAGCCAUUAAGAAGGAAAAAAGAGUAGCCACUCAGUAUCUUUCGAUGUGUAACAAUCAGUACUCCUCUAUCUUCUAGUAAGCGCCUCUGAAGUUUACCUUCUUUCCCAUAUCCUAAUACAGGGAUGCAGAACCUGAGGUUCAUGAGCCAAAGGCUUGCUUUAAAAAAGCUGGAAUACAGGACACAGGCUCUGGCAGGAUAACACUGUCAUGUAAAGUAUUGGCAAGGUUUUGCAAAGGACGAAUUAUGAAAACAAUAAAUGCUUUCUGUAGAAAAGUCCUGCAUCACCUAUAUGUUUCAGGUUUCCAAGAGAUUUACCAAGAAUUUAUUCAGCUCUUUCUCUCACCCAUCAAAAGAAAAUCACCAUAGCCAUCAGUCAGUGCUAUUGCUAAUUAGCUUAUUAGCAUGUUUUAAAAGCUUUUAGCAUGCUUUUGACAGGACAGGUGAGGAUGAGGAAAUCUCAUCUUGAACUACAUUACCUAGAUCUAGGAAUAAACAGUGAGGUCAGCAAAUACCUUUAAUUGCAAGGAAAAUCUUGUUCCUGCUCUCUCUGCAUUCCCUUUUCGUUCUUGAA